AUGUCCACCCCGCACAAUCAUCCUCACAACCGACCCCAGCGUCAGCAACCACCACUUUCAUCACCCUUCGUCUCUCAAACCGACCUUCGGCCCCCUCGUACUGCACCUCUGAUUCAUCAGAAUCCCGCCUACAACCGCUAUCCAGACGACCGGGAAUCGAAUCUCGAGAAGGAUGAGGGAUCCUACUCACCCCCUCAUCUCGAUCCCUCUGAACCGAUCCUACAUCCAACCUCUCGAGAUAACCUCAAAUCAGGCGUUCGUUUCGGAGUGGCUCAGUCGAGUUAUGACUCUCAUCCUCACCUCGCCCCCCCUCAACACGGCAACCCUGUUAUGCACCGCAAGAAGUCACUCGUCCGACCAGAUCGUGCUCCUAUUGACCCUACUCAUCGUCUCUAUAACUAUCGUAAUCACGCAGCCGCCAUGGAAGCAGAUGAACGCGGUCGAGUCGAGGUGAGCCAUACCGGGGCUACGGCAUUCGAUGGAUCCGCCGCCCUAGCUCAACAACCAUUUGACCCUCAUGCGCAUCCGCUCGAAGAACACUCUCCAAACUCAAAUUCACCGGGUCCUAUGAACACAACCCACAGUCGUGCUGGUCUCAUGGCUGCCCUCGGCCGUCCAGCUCCUCCGUCCGGUUAUGCUGGUCUUGUUGGCGAAGCGGGAGGCGCUCGCACGGCUGCUACUGGUGGCUUAAGACGCGGUCAGAGUAUCCUGGCUCGUCGCCCUGGUGAAGCUGAAGAAUCGGGCUUAGCAAUUCUCAAACGAGGAGAAACACUCAGGCGGACUGGAAGAAAGCGUAAAUCAGGUGUCGAUGCAGUUGAAACCAACUCAACCCCAAAACCACCUAUCUCACCUUGGGCAAUUUACUGCAGGGCUGUCACCUGUUGUUUCCCGGCAUUCUUACUCUCCACAUGUGGAAUCAAGUCAGCUGAUCGACUUAGUGCCUGGAGAGAGAAGAUGGGAAUUCUAUUUCUGAUUUUCUUACUCAUGGCUGCAGUUGCCUUUUUGACGUUUGGGUUCACUCAGACGGUCUGUGGUAAACCGCCUCUCCGGUACCAUAGUGGUUCGAUACAACCUGGAAUGAUUAUUUUCCACGGAGAGACAUACGAUUUCGACAAUUUCAAACAUCCCGCGGCCCCAGGAAUUGCCGGUGGUGACAACCCAGCUUACAGUGCCUUCAACGCUGGCGCGAUGGAUGGCAGUUUCCUAUUCCAGCGUGUCAACCAACGUUGUCAAGACAUUAUCACUCCGGCUUCCCGGACCGGCAUUCCUACAGAUGGCUCAGGCAAGCUCUCGUGGUAUUUCCCGUGCAAUCUGUAUGACCAAUACGGUGCUAGUGCAGUCAAUAAAACCGGUUAUGCCGAAGGUCGCUUAUGUCACACUAAGGAUGAUGCUCGUCAAGCCCUCGCCAAAAUGAAGCCUCUCGGACAGGUUUACUAUACCUGGGACGACUUGAAGAACUCGAGUCGGAACUUAGUCGUCUACGAUUCCAUCGUUCUCGAUUUGAAUCUUCUCAAUUGGCUUGAUCGCAGUCAAGUUUCUUAUCCGGACGUUUUUGAUGAUUUGAAGCAGAGCAACAAUCAAUUCUCAGGUCAAGACAUCACCAUGCAACUCUUGCGGGCUGGAGGGCAGCAACUUGGUGGCUGUCUGACUGACAUCAUUCAAGUGGGCUACAUCGACACCAAUACCUUGGGCUGUGUAGCUUCUACAGUAGUGCUCUAUGCAUCCUUAGUCGUCAUCAUCGGGGUUGUACUGAUCAAGUGGGCGAUGGCAGUAUGGUUCGCCUGGUUUUUCGGAUGGCGUCUAGGGUCGUUCGGAAAGGAGACUGCUGAACAAAGAGCUCAGCGUGCAGCCGCAAUUGAAACAUGGUCCUCCGAUAUCUAUCGUCCGGCGCCCGCCCGAUAUCGCCCGAACGCACGGAAUGCCAAGAAAUCUCUGCUCCCCAAUACCAGUCGGUUUACCGUUAUGGGUAAACCAGGUGGUGUUCCUGGUCUAGGCGUGGCUGGUAGUGGAGCUCGUCCUAUGAGCACGUAUGUUGGUGAAAUGAAUCGCAAAAGCAUGAUGGCCUAUCCAAGCAAGCCUACUGGACUCGCCAUGAAAAACUCUCCUCCGUCAACACCUGGUGGCUUGCUGCCAUCCCAGAGUGCAGCAUCUCUCAAUCAGUUCGUUGGUUCUCAGCGUUCUUCCUUUAUGGUCGGAAAUGCAGGUGGUGGUGGUGGUGGUGGGAGCACGGAAGGCUCCAAUGUCAGUCAACCACCCGGCUGCCCAUUCCCACUUUACAACGUCGUUCCACAGCCGCCCCCGGACUAUGAACCUUUUAACUUUCCUCUCGUUCACACGAUUUGUCUAGUAACCGCGUACUCGGAAUCCGUCGAAGGUCUUCGCACUACGCUUGACUCUCUAGCCACAACUGAUUAUCCGAAUUCUCACAAAUUUAUCCUGGUCAUCGCCGAUGGAAAAGUCAAAGGUUCAGGCAAUGACUUGACCACCCCCGAAAUCUGCCUAUCAAUGAUGAAGGAUCUUAUCGUUAGACCUGAUGAGGUUGAACCCAAGAGCUAUGUGGCAAUUGCCGAUGGUCACAAGCGACAUAACAUGGCCGAAGUCUAUGCUGGUUUCUACUCCUAUGACAAUGAUACGGUUGAAGUGACCAAGCAGCAAAGAGUACCGAUGAUCCUGAUUUCGAAGGUCGGUAACGCGGAUGAACAGCACGAGUCUAAACCCGGGAACCGUGGGAAACGAGACUCUCAAGUCUUACUGAUGAGUUUCCUUCAGAAAGUGAUGUUUGAUGAGAGGAUGACCGAGUUUGAUUACGAAUUCUUCAAUUCCAUUUGGAGAGUUACUGGUGUCAGCCCAGAUCAUUAUGAAAUCUGCUUGAUGGUAGAUGCCGAUACCAAAGUUUUUCCCGAUGCUGUAUCUCGCAUGGCAGCAUGCAUGGUAAGGGAUUCGGAAAUCAUGGGUCUGUGUGGGGAGACGAAGAUCGCCAACAAGAGUGACAGUUGGGUGACGAUGAUUCAAGUCUUUGAAUAUUACAUCUCACAUCAUCUGCAGAAAUCGUUCGAAUCCAUGUUUGGAGGUGUGACCUGUCUGCCCGGAUGUUUCUCGAUGUAUCGGAUCAAAGCACCCAAGGGCGGCGAGGGGUACUGGGUGCCGAUCCUGGCCAAUCCUGACAUCGUCGAACAUUACUCUGAAAACGUUGUGGACACCCUACACGCCAAAAAUCUUUUACUACUCGGAGAAGAUCGGUUUUUGACAACUCUGAUGUUGAAAACGUUUCCCAAGCGCAAGAUGAUGUUUUGUCCGCAGGCGGUAUGCAAAACCAUAGUACCUGACACCUUUCGAGUACUUCUCUCACAGCGUCGAAGAUGGAUUAACUCGACGAUACACAAUCUAUUUGAGCUCUUGUUUGUUCGAGAUCUGUGCGGGACGUUCUGUUUUUCGAUGCAAUUUGUUAUUGGAAUGGAAUUGGUUGGAACACUCGUCUUGCCCGCCGCCAUCUCAUUCACGGGCUACAUCAUCAUCCUGACAAUCAUACCUGGAACGGAAAAACCGAUAAUCUCACUGAUCUUACUGGCAUUCAUUCUUGGAUUACCUGGUCUGUUGAUUGUCAUCACUCUCUCGGCGGAUUGCAUACGUCGGAUGGAUGCUGGUAUAUCUCCUGUCACUUCCGAUCUGGGAAUGCCGUGCUGCCAACCUACGCUUAUUUCCACAUGGACGACUUCACGUGGGGUGAGACCCGGAAGAUAG